AUGGAGUUCAGACUUGAGGGGAAAGAAAAAUGCCAACAUAGCUUGAAUUUACUGAAUAAAAUUAAGAACAUGAGAGAAUUAGCAGAAAUGGUAGAUGUGAUCCUCAUAGCAGAAGGAGAGACAUUUCCUUGCCACAGAUUGGUCCUGGCUGCCUUUAGUCCUUAUUUCAAAGCUAUGUUCACCUGUGGACUAAUUGAAUGUACUCAAAGAGAAGUCGUACUCUAUGACACCACAGCAGAAAGUGUGUCAGUGAUAUUAAAUUAUAUGUACAGCGCGGCGCUGGAGAUCAAUAAUUCCAACGUACAGACUGUAGCUAUGGCUGCCUACUUUAUGCAGAUGGAAGAAGUCUUUAGUGUGUGUCAAAAAUAUAUGAUGGACCACAUGGACGCCUUCAACUGUGUAGGUAUCUAUUAUUUUGCAAAGCAGAUUGGAGCUGAAGAUUUAUCUGAUCAAGCCAAGAAAUACUUAUAUCAGCACUUUGCAGAGGUGAGCUUACAUGAAGAAAUACUAGAACUUGAAGUGCACCAAUUUCUGACGCUUAUUAAAUCUGAUGACCUUAAUGUUUCCAGAGAGGAGAGCAUUCUGGACUUAGUUCUGAGAUGGGUAAAUCAUAACCAAGAAUUGCGCAAAGAGCAUCUUGUUGAGCUUUUGAAGCAAGUCAGAUUGGAACUUAUAAAUCCUUCUUUUUUAAGACAAGCCCUAAAGAGGAACACGAUGCUCCUAUGCGAUGCAAAUUGCAUUGACAUCAUUCAAAACACAUUCAAAGCCUUCAAGACACCCCAACCACACCCUCUAAAUCUUCGUUACGGCAUGGAGACGACUAGCCUUUUGCUUUGCAUUGGCAACAAUUCUUCGGGAAUCAAGUCAAGACGUAGGAACUAUGGGGAUGCCAGUUUUUGUUAUGAUCCCUCGCAACGAAAGACCUACUUUAUCUCCUCUCCCAAGUAUGGGGAGGGUUUAGGAAGUGUGUGCACUGGUGUUGUCAUGGAAAACAAUGCUGUAAUUGUGGCUGGAGAAGCAAGUGCCUCUAAACUCUCUAGACAAAAGAACAAGAAUGUUGAAAUCUAUAGGUAUCACGAUCGAGGAAACCAGUUUUGGGAGAAGUUAUGCACAGCUGAAUUUCGAGAGCUCUAUGCUCUGGGCACUGUCCAUAAUGACCUCUAUGUUAUAGGAGGACAGAUGAAAAUUAAAAACCAGUACCUUAUCACAAACUGUGUUGAUAAGUACUCCGUAGAGCGGGACAGUUGGAAAAGGGUGGCUCCCCUUCCACUCCCAUUGGCAUGUCAUGCUGUAGUGACAGUGAACAACAACCUUUAUGUGAUUGGCGGCUGGACCCCUCAGAUGGAUCUUCCUGAUGAAGAACCUGAUCGAUUAAGCAACAAACUGUUGCAGUAUGACCCCAGGCAAGAUCAAUGGACAGAGCGGGCGCCCAUGAAGUACUCAAAGUAUCGAUUCAGUACAGCUGUAGUCAACAGUGAGAUUUACGUUUUAGGUGGCAUUGGCUGCGUGGGUCGAGACAAGGGCCAGGUUCGAAAGUGUCUGGAUGUGGUGGAGAUUUAUAACCCUGACGGGAACUUCUGGAGAGAGGGCCCACCUAUGCCAAGUGCCAUGCUCUCUCUUCGAACCAAUUCUACCAAUGCCGGAGCAGUGGAUGGGAAACUCUAUGUCUGCGGGGGAUUCCAUGGAGCAGAUCGCCAUGAGAUUAUCUCCAAAGAAAUAUUGGAGUUGGACCCAUGGGAAAACCAGUGGAAUGUUGUAGCUGUCAAUGUCCUCAUGCAUGACAAUUAUGAUGUCUGCCUGGUGGCCAGAAUGAAUCCUCGAGACCUUAUCCCCCCACCUUCAGAUUUGGUGGAAGAAGGCAAGGACCACUGA